UAUCAUACGGAAUAAUAUGUGCCUGUGUCUGUAGAUUCAGUAUGAGUGGAAAGAGAAAGCCAUCACCUGAAUCAUCACUCACAUUACUAUCACCAGACUCACUGCUAUCAUCAUCUUCAUCUGCUUAUCCAUUUUAUGGCGAUGAAGAUAAAAAUGCAAGCAAAGACAACGAUGGAGUAAGUUUUAUGAAGUUCAAUCAGCAGAAAACUAAAGAAUUGUCAAACUCGGUAAAGGUUCUUCAGAUUCCUCAAAAACAGAAAGUUUCACUACCAACAAGAUCAAAAACAUUCGACACAAUUCCGCCAACUUUGGAAGCAAACAACGACGCUUUCGCCUCUUCAUCGUCACCAUUUGACUACGACAGCGUGCAUUCUCCUGGGGGGGCAAGUAACGCGUCGUCUGAAGGGCCUACAUACGUGCGUACGCCGGGGUUCGAACACCACGCCCAAGAGUUUGAAAUCCAGAGGAAGAGACAGCAAUAUUCGAAAUCACGUGCUACUUUCACGUCGCACGUGGGCGAACAGUUAGAUUGUAACGAUUCGGAUAUUGGGUCCGGCCAUGAACAUAUCAGAAGCAGCAGCAGCAAAGUGUCACACGAUGGCUCUGUGCCUAAUGUCACAACGAAGAAGAAGAAGAGCCUGGUCUUGGAUACGUCUAACAAUAAACACGACUCUGAGACGACCAAGAAGACGGAUUCACCUCAGCAGCCAAGCUCAAAACACAAAUUAAAGAAAGAACCUCUACCGAUGAAACUGCGGGCUCUGCCCCAGUCAUUCUGGCAGCAGCCGAACCACACAAAUUCUCUGUCGCCUGGUGCUGUGUACCCAGUUCUGCCCCCGCUGUCCUCGUUCGGCGCUGCCAAAGACGAAGUGGAGAGCCUAGCUGCAGGUGUGAGGUCGACGUCUCCGGCAGAGGAUGGACCGCACCCACGUCGAGAGGUGAGCUUCGCGAACACAGAUCUGCUCUUCAGCCUGUUCAGAGGAGUAGAAGAGGAGCAGCCGAAAGUGACUGUUGUACGCAGAGGAAGACCGAAGAAGCCCCCCUCCACCGUCCUGACCAGGGUGUUGCGGGACGAAGACCCCUGCCUUGUCAGCACCGUCACCGAAUCCAUCCUGCCUCUGAUCCCUGACAGAACAGGGUCCGGAUCUCAGGCGCCAAGACUCGCGCAGGGACAACAGGUCCUGGCCAUGGUUUCCCUGAAGGACGGUGAUAAGUCAGUGUCACUGCCCUCUCUGAAUGUCGAGCACAACUACUCGCAAAUUCUCUCCGAGCUAGUUAUCAAGCUUUAGACCAGUCAGCAGGAAACCCUCGUCCGGACUUAAUCUGUAGCAGCAUCGAAGCCGUAGCUUCACUUCGUUCCGUCCGUCUCUUAACGGAAAGUGUCUACAAGAAGAUAAGCAGUAGAGAUGGACGUAUAUUUUACCGUUGGUGAGAGCUUGUGUGUUACAUGAACUCGAAUGCUAUAAAACCCAGAUAACUAAAAAUAUGUAGUUAUUUUCGGAGACUAAUUAGUUUCUGACAUGGAUCAUUUAUGUUCGUAUAGUAAGGCUAUUUACUUCUUCCGACGGGUUUUUUUGUUGUUGUCGGUGUAGAGGUGUAUAUUCAUUAUUAUGCAUUUUAUAUGAAAACCAUAAAUGCUCAGAACGAGUUUGGAACUCAUAAACAGUGUUCGGGUUCAGGCGGUCCAAGGCUGCUCCAACACAGGGAUCAGCACUUAUUUUAAAAUUGUAAUUUUUUUAAACCUCAACUUUAUUUCAGUGAUAAUAUCAUUUC